CUGUGGACAGCCUUCUCAAAGACCAUUUAUCCUCCAAGCACAGAGAAAAGCAGAGGGGCUGGAGGUAGACACACGACUGUCUGCGCUGGCUCUGCCUGGUGCUCCAGGUUGGGAUUCGCUGCCUGACUGAGUUAGAAUCUCCAUCAAAUCUGAGUAGGGUCGAGCACCCAACCCUCAAAGAGCAGCGGGGUUAGAAGGUACAAAUUAUUCAGCCAUUCACCAAAGUGGUCAGAAGUGGGGAUAUUUCAACAGAGACGAUAUUUCCUGAUAGAAGAGGUGUCGGUCAUCUUACCUCAGACACAAGGACGCUGCCUUCACACUCAGCUCCCUGCCUGUCACCUUUGCUGGCUAUGGCUGAGAGGGGAGUAAUCUACACUUAUCUAACCCACCCGGCCGGCUCCCUGCCCAGCGACAGCUCGGCCCUGGAUCAGCAUCACACUUGUCCGCAGUGCCCGCUUUGGCAUCGGGUGGGCUGCGCCGGGAACAUCGUCCUGCUGGGAGCUGUGAUCAUGCUGGCUGUCCUGGUUGGCCAGUGCCCAUCCCAGCCUCGCCCGACAGCAGCCAUCCAGCAGACCGCUCAGAAGUGCAAUUCAUGUGAGAUAAAUGAAAACACACCAGCGUGCAACCGUACAUUGGAGGGUUUCAGAUCUUGCCUGAAGCAAAAUUUGUGUGGGGUGGGAAACAGCUCAGCAGAGGGCUCCGGCUGCAAACUCUGCCCCAGGCACUGGGCGCUGCACAGGGACAAGUGCUACUGGCUGUCGGAAGACAAUCAGUACUGGAGCUGGGGCCGUGAUGACUGCUCAUGGAAGGGAUCUCACCUGCUUGUGAUCCAGGACCAAGAGGAGCUGGAGUUCAUACAGAAUAUUCCAGGAAAUCAAAAUCCGGUGUGGAUUGGACUCAACAUCACCUCCCCAGGGAGGAAGUGGACCUGGGUGGAUGGUUCCCCGUUAAAUCAAACGCUAUUCGCGGUAUCAGGUCCUGCGGAAGAGAACAGCUGUGCUGCAGUCAAGAAGACUCAGAUCAAGUCUGAAAUCUGCAACACUGACUAUAAAUGGAUUUGCCAAAAGGAAGCUGUGCUCAUUUAACUGGCUGGACUGGCCUCUGUUUGAAUAGGUGGAAUGCAAAACAUCUAGUGUGUCUGUCUUUAUUACCACUAACAAAUUCCCAGCUGCGGGAAAUCUGGGCUGCGCCAGUAAAGUCAGUGUGGCAAGACUGAUUCACACCAGCCGGGGGUCUGGGCCCACUGAUUCAAAUGGAGCUAUGGCUGAUAUCAACCAGCUGGGCUCUGGCCCCAUUGACUCUAGUGGAGCUUCCCCUGAUUUAUACCAGCUGGGGAUCAGGCCCUUUGGAAGGGUUCUGAAUUUACAAAAUUAUAAAAUCACUUCGCUUCUAAAAUUGUUUUCAGUGUAUAAAAAUAAUUUAAUUCCUGUGAUGACAUUAUAUGCAUUAUGGCAGUGCUCCGAUCAGGGCUCCCUUCUGCCGGGUGCUGCACAGACACACAGGGAGAGACAGUCCCUGUCCCAGCUGAG